AUGCAGCACAUCUACCUCGGACCAAGCAACAUUACGUCGAGCAUUCCAGAGUCACUCUACCACUUGUCUCAUUUGACUCAUCUCUACCUCAACGAUUGCCAGUUGACGGGCACGCUUUCUGAAUCUAUCUCAAGUAUGACUUCACUACAAGGUUUAGGACUUCACAACAACUAUCUCAACGGGCCAAUUCCCACCACUAUCGGUAUUCUCGACGAUCUGCGCGUUUUGUAUUUGGACGAAAAUGCGUUGACGGGAACUAUUCCUACUUCGUUAGGCAAGCUGGAAAAUCUGGUCGAUCUACGCUUACGACGCAACCAUCUACGUGGGAGUAUCCCAACUCAACUUUCCAGCCUACGGGUCUUGCAAAUCUUGUACGCGGACAAUAACCAAUUGACUGGCACUAUCCCGGCCGGUCUCGGCAAUCUGUUGUUGUUGCGCGAGUUGCAGCUCUACCACAAUCGCUUAGAUGGAAUCAUUCCAGAGUCCUUUAGCUCACUCGUCCUUUUGGCUAUCCUCUAUCUCGACGGGAACUUGCUUUCUGGUUCCAUUCCAAACCUUUCCAAUUCUCGUUUUUUGGAAAGUAUCUACCUCUCUGAUAACGACUUGACCGGGAAUAUACCGCCUUCACUCGGCUCACUCCAAUACCUUAAGCAUACACUGGACGUAAGCGUUAAUCUUCUGGACGGUACCGUGCCCGAAACCUUGACGAGAAUGACUUCUGUGACCGAGGUCCGUUUACACAGCAACCACUUGGUCGGCUCCAUUCCUUUUGGA